AUGUACCCAAGAACGUCUAUUAAGACAGCAGCAGCAGCCAUAACACAAGGACUGCCUUCGCCUUGGAAUGGAACUGAGUCAGAGGCUGACAAACUGCUGGUGGUAUGUUCUCAUCUGCUCAAAGUGAAGGAAGAGCAGAAAGUGAUCUGUGAGGACAUGAAGAAGAUGAAGAAACAGAUGGCGUCGGGUCACGCGGCUCAAUUAUCGACAGCACCACUACCGGUUCCAGCUUCCAGGGAAGAAUGUUUCACCGCAGUACAGAAGCUGCUUCGAGAGAACGACGAGUUCAACCAGAAAUGGCGCGUGGAGAGAGAGGAGGCUGUCAGGAGGCUGAAAAACUUCCAGCAGACUACAUCCACGGUCACCAAAGCGUUUGAGAGGCUAGAUCCACAUCUCGGACACCCUGUCUUCGUCGAGGAGUAUGUUUGGACUCUACUAAACAUGCAUGCGUGGGCAUCGAAGAUGCUCUCUAGCCCUCCUCUGGACCUGCAAGACAAGGCAGAAGGCCUGCGAUUGCAGACACAGAUACAUGAGCUGCUCGAGGAUCAGGAGGAAAGCCUGAAACGGUCUGUCUGGCUGGAAGCUGUCAAUUUUUCAAGGCAUUUGGACAGGAAAGAGCCAAAGUCUGAGGUUGCAGUGAGCCCUAAGGACGAUGGGAAGUAUCUUCCUUAUGAAAUCGCCACGUUGAUCUACUCCCACUGCGAUCUGGAAACGUGUGUUUCGCUUAGAGAAGCCAGCUCUUAUUGGUACUUGGCCUAUACACAUGCUGACCGUGAUCUGAAGCUUGAACUUGUGAGGCGAUUUCCCUGGAUCAAGCCAGAAGGAGAAAUGAAGACCUGGGGCGACUGUGUGUUGGUGUACGUUUCGCGACUCACCAGCUCCAAGUGGAAAGUUAUAGACGGCUGGGAUAGCGUCGAAAUUCCACCACCCAAGCCGGUGAAGGGAGUUACUGCUUUGGGGCUCAACCAUGGAGAGAAGCUGCCCUGUGACUACGAGGGGUUCGAUGACCAUCGGGAUUUCGACUGCUCGUUCUCAUGCGACAGAUUGCACGUGGAAAACCUCCCGCUGGGUGCAGUUUUGAGUCCCUGGACUCUCGAUGCGGUGCCCGAGCAGCCCAGCCAGAUCAAGGUGGUUUCCGAGAGUAAGGAUGCGAUGGUCAUCAGCUUUAUGGACAUUGAAAUCACCCUACCUGGUCACAUUCGUCCUGAACAUCUUCCAAAGAAUACUGGUUUCCUGGAACGAGCUCCCAUUGUUGUUAAUAGUGAGAUAAUUAUGGUCCCCACCACUCAUCACCACUACGUGUUCCCCCGAGACCAGCCUCAUUACAAGCAUGCAACAGUCUAUCCUCCCCACAUUGACGCUGUCUCCCAAGUUGGAAAUAUUCAUGUGACACGAUACGCAAGAAGCACUUAUGGCUUACACGACCCUUACACCAAGAAAUUGGUCAAGUAUGGCACUCCGUCUUUUGCAUCGAACAAGUCGUGUCCUGAGGAAAACUACAAUGGACUGGUUUGGUGGUUUCAUCAAGACAAGUAUCUGAUUCCAACCUUCUUGGACCUGGACCAGCCCGGAAAGGUGUUUUGUAGACAGGAUAAAAUCGUCACCUUGCCUGACAAAGCACCCGAUGGACUUCAUCAGUGUCUCAGACCCCAAAAUUCGCAGUAUCUCACCGAGUGGACGAAAAAUGGAGGUAUUCGAAUGGUAGAUCUUGACAGCGGAGUUAUUACAGAUGUGGAAACUCCACAUUCGUACUAUAACCCUGGACGUGAUCGAAGCAGAGUCUUUCUUGGGUAUGAAAAUGGCAAAUUUCUCGCCAGAUUCUUGUCUCACAAUACUGUCCGUGAGUAUACUAAGAGCUAUUGGGAUAUGGACUCUGAAGAUCUGGACUCAGAAGAUUCAGAAGAAGAUGAUGAUGAUGAUUACCAAGACUAUGGCACAGGUGAUGAAGUCGACCCUUGGGGUGCUUGGGAUGAAGACCAUGACUAUUCAGACGACCAUGACUAUUCAGACAACCAUGGCUAUUCAGACUAUUACUACGAUGACUAUGGUCCUGGCUACAAUGCCUGGGCAUUUGCAGGCAUGCGUUGA